AUGGCUAAUCCCAGCCAACCGACCUUGGUAUUGGUUCCGGGCUCAUGGCACAGGGCUACCUGCUACAACAAGAUUACCGAAAUCCUCCAAGGGAGGUACGAACUGAAAUGCAUCCAAGUCACCCUUCCCUCUACAACUGGUGAUCCCGAUGCCACGUUCAAAAACGAUGUUGACGCCGCCCGUGACGCGAUAUCUAGCGAAACUCGCGCCGGCCGCAACGUCGUGGUUGUUGCGCACUCAUAUGGAGGCUUGGUCGGGAACAGCGCCAUCAAGGGGUUCGCACCAUCUCACGAUCCUUCCCUUAGUAACAUAUUCCAAUCGACGCCAACCACAGGUCAGGUUAUUGGUCUGAUUCUUAUCGCCUCUGGCUAUGCACUCACCGGUGUCGCUUUCAUGGACCCUUUCUUCGGUCAUCCUCCCCCUAGCUGGCGAGUAAAUAAAGAGACUGGAUUUGCCGAUAUUGUCCUCCCGCCGCGGCAGUUCUUCUACCAUGACUUACCGGAAGACGAGGCAGAGUACUGGGCGUCGCAGCUGACGCCCCACAGCCUCAAAUCAUUGUUCGAGGGAGGCGAGUUUGUGUAUUCUGGAUUUAGGGAUGUGCCGUCAUGGUAUAUUGGUACCAUCGAGGAUCAAGGGUUGCCAGUGGCGGCACAGCGAAUGACAGUGGCCAUGGCCAGAGGGAUGGGAGCCAGUGUUGAGCACAGGGAGCUACCGACUAGCCACUCCCCGUUCCUGAGUCAGCCCGAGGAGACUGUCGAAAUCAUGGUGGAGGCUGUCGAGGCCUUUACGGGGAAGCCGGUGGCGGAAAAUGGAUCGAAGGCGCGAGCACGUGGCACAGAUGUGGUCGUGCCCGAAGUGAGGCUUUGGAAGCCUGCUACGUGGUAUAAGUUUGGGCUACCGUUUCUCUUUGGGCGCUUUUUGGGGAAAUUCCGAUGA